AUGAGUUUACUUCAUGUCCUUGGCUUUGGCUUAAAACUCGGGCAUCUCCUCUUGUUGUUAUGCUGCUGGGUUGUGUCGGUAAUUUCAAUGAAUUCCUUCAUAGAUAGCGAAAUUGAGCCAUCCAAUUCUUCUAUUUCUGCUGCUGCUGCUGCUGCUAAUUUGCUUGGCGGUAAGAUGUGGCUGAAACUUUGGGAGAAGAUCUCAGUGAACAGUAGCAAGAUCCACCAGGUCCUUGAGGCGAAGAGUGUGCAGAAAUCCUUCUGGAAAAAGCUUUUACGGUCUUGGGCAGUUUUUUGGAUAGUGGCUUGUGCAUUGAUGUUUCGUUUCUUCAACAACCAAGCAAUCGACAAGAGGAAAGAGACUCUUGGUAGUAUGUGUGAUGAGAGAGCUAGGAUGUUGCAGGAUCAGUUCAAUGUUAGUAUGAACCAUGUUCAAGCCAUGUCCAUCUUGAUCUCCACCUUUCACCAUGGCAAGAACCCUUCUGCUAUUGAUCAGAGAACCUUUGCCAAGUACACAGAAAGAACAGCUUUCGAGAGGCCAUUAACAAGUGGUGUGGCAUAUGCUGUGAGGGUCCUUCACUGGGAAAGGGAGAAGUUCGAGAAGCAACAAGGCUGGUCCAUUAGGACGAUGAACACUGUUCAACAGAAUCCAAUUCAGAAGGACGACCAUAUGCCAGAGAAGUUGGAGCCAUCUCCAGUCCAGGAGGAAUAUGCUCCGGUAAUCUUGGCGCAAGAUACUGUUGCUCAUGUGGUUUCUCUUGAUAUGUUGUCUGGAAAAGAAGACCGCGGCAAUGUGCUACGAGCAAGAGAAUCUGGGAAGGGGGUACUAACUGCUCCUUUUAGGUUAUUGAAAACCAAUCGCCUUGGUGUAAUUUUGACAUUUGCUGUCUAUAAAAGGGAUCUCCCUCCGGAUGCAACUCCACGGGAGAGAGUGGAAGCUACUGAUGGGUAUUUGGGAGGUAUCUUCGACAUUGAGUCACUAGUUGAGAAGCUACUUCAACAGCUCGCCAGCAAACAAACCAUCUUGGUGAAUGUAUAUGAUACAACUAAUCGUUCUCACCCAAUCAGUAUGUAUGGCUCGAAUGUAUAUGUCGACAAAUUGGAGCAUGUGAGCGCCCUCAACUUCGGUGACCCCUUUCGAGACCAUGAAAUGCGGUGCAGAUUCAAGCAAAAAGCCCCAUUGCCGUGGCUUGCAAUAACGACUUCCGUUUCUACCCUUGUGAUUACUUUACUCAUUGGAUACAUAGGCUAUGCAACUAUGAAUCGUAUGGCCAAAGUACAGGAGGAAUACGAUGAGAUGAUUGAGUUAAAGAAAAGGGCUGAGGCUGCUGAUGUUGCAAAGUCUCAGUUUCUUGCUACUGUCUCUCACGAGAUCAGGACCCCAAUGAAUGGUGUACUAGGAAUGUUAGAUAUGCUUUUAUACACUGAUCUUGAUGUGACGCAACAAGACCAUGUCCGAACUGCACAGGCUAGUGGAAAAGCUCUUGUCUCACUUAUCAAUGAGGUGUUGGACCAAGCAAAGAUAGAGUCUGGGAAACUUGAUCUUGAAGCCGUACGGUUCGACCUUAGAGCCAUUAUGGAUGAUGUGUUGUCUCUCUUCUCUGGAAAGUCUCAGGAGAAAGGGGUUGAGUUGGCCGUUUAUAUCUCUCACCGUGUUCCUGACACACUCAUCGGUGAUCCGGGAAGGUUCCGACAAAUUAUCACCAACCUCAUGGGAAAUUCAAUAAAAUUCACUGAGAAAGGACACAUUUUGGUUACCGUGCAUCUUGUUGAGGAAGUGAUGGAAACCACAGAUAUUGAAAAAGAAGCAUUAUCAAGGAAGACAUUGAGCGGGUUUCCUGUGCCAGAUAGACGCCGCAGUUGGGCAGGAUUCAGAAAUUUCAGUCAAGAUGGAUCCAAUUGCUCUUUCUCUCCCGACCUUAUCAAUGUAAUUGUAUCGGUGGAGGAUACAGGAGAAGGUAUUCCUCAAGAAGCUCAUUCUCGUAUCUUCACUCCUUUUGUUCAAGUUGGUCAAUCCAUCUCUAGAAAACAAGGAGGAACCGGAAUUGGCCUUAGCAUAAGCAAAUGUUUGGUGACCCUAAUGAAUGGGGAAAUCGGAUUCGUGAGCAUACCAAAGGUUGGUUCCACCUUCACAUUUACUGCCAUAUUUACAAAUGGUUGUUCGAAGCUCAGCCAAUCUAAGAUGGCGUACCCAGAGUUUCAAGGCAUGAGAGCUUUGGUCGUCGAUUCUAGGCAAGUUAGAGCCAAGGUCUCGAUAUACCAUGUGCAAAGGCUUGGAAUUCAAGUAGAAGUAGUUCCUACUUUGGACCAAGCUUUGUCUAGUAUAAGUACUGGGGACACAGUUUUCAGCAUGGUCCUAGUUGAACAAGAUGUAUGGGAUGUAGAUUCAACAGUUGCUUCUCUCUUUGUCAACAACUUACGAAAAUUGGACCACCAACGUUGUCCAAAGCUAUUCCUCCUUGCAAACUCUGUCAACUAUUCCAAAACAAGCACCAUGAGUCUCGAUCUUCAUGGACCGAGUACCAUCAUGAAGCCACUGAGGUCAAGUAUGUUAGCCGCAUCUUUGCAAAGAGCAAUGGGAGUGGGGAACAAGGGGAAUCCCAGGGAGCUCCCUAGUUUGUCUCUUCGAGGAUUGCUUGCUGGAAGGAAGAUUCUUAUUGUGGAUGACAAUUAUGUGAACCUUAAGGUAGCUACCGGUGCUUUGAAAAGAUACGGAGCUGAUGUGGUCUCAGCCGAGAGUGGUGAGAAGGCGAUAUCUUUCCUCGAGCCUCCUCACACGUUUGAUGCCUGCUUCAUGGACAUCCAGAUGCCUGAGAUGGAUGGCUUUGAAGCUACAAGAAGAAUAAGGGAAAUGGAAGAUAAUAUCAAUGUUCGAAUUCAAAAUGGAGAUGUAUCAAUUGAAGCAUGUGGAAACAUCUCGAAUUGGCAUGUACCCGUGUUGGCAAUGACAGCUGAUGUCAUCCAGGCGACACAAGAGGAAUGCUUGCGCUGUGGGAUGGAUGGAUAUGUUUCCAAGCCGUUUGAAGCCGAACAAUUGUAUCAGGAAGUUUCACGUUUUUUCACAAGUUAA